AUGACGACGGCCGGGAGGGGGCGGGCGCUGGGUGAUGACGCGUAUGGACCUGCCAGCCGUGACAUCAUCACCGCGCGCGGGAGGGGGGACCGUUGGAGCCAAAGAUCCGCCGAGACACAGAGAGACCCGGGAUCCGCCGCCGGACCCGACCCGACCCCCAGGCCCCGACCCCACCGACCCGACCCCCACCCCGGACCCCCAGGACCCAGCCCCACCGCCCGACCCAGGCCCCACGCCACCCCCGACCCAGGCCCCGACCCCCUCGACCCAGGCAGGCCCCACCGCUCACCCCGCCCGACCCCGGCCAACAUGGACGAGCCCCACCCUUUCCUCACACAGGUGGUGGGAGGCAAGGUGAAGAAACCGGGAAAGCGAGGCCGCAAACCGGCUAAAAUUGAUUUGAAGGCGAAGCUUGAGAGAAGUCGCCAGAGCGCCAGAGAAUGCCGAGCAAGGAAGAAGUUGCGCUAUCAGUAUUUGGAGGAACUUGUAUCUAGAAGAGAGAGAGCGAUCUGUGCCCUGCGAGAAGAGCUGGAGAUGUACAAGCAAUGGUGUACAGCAAUGGAUCAAGGGAAGAUACCGUCAGAAAUAAAAGCACUUCUGACCGGGGAUGAUCAAAGCAAAGCACAACAGUCCACAAACAAGCUAGGAAAGACAAAACCAGAAGGAAGUGCAAACUAGUUCUAAGAAUUACCUGAAAAUGAUGGCGUGGAAAAGACCAAUCCUUUGUCCCUGCUAGUUUAAUGUUGUGAACAAUGUAAGCUAAAAAUAAUUGAUUGCAUCCUAUGUCAUAGUUACAAAUGGUUUAAUUAGUAUGGAUUUUUAGCUAUGCUGUAUAUCUGUAAGUAAUGUAAAUUGUCCAAUUCCUAUAGGAUGCUCCUUGUAUUUUGUAGUUAAUUUAAAAUAAAAAUUGUAGAUUGAGAGCAUGUUUGAUCCCAGAGCAAUAUAUUUGUUGCAUUUACCAAAUUAUUAAAAAAGGGAUUUAAUAGUGUAAAUAAACCUACGACAUUUUCUUACUAACGUUAGUUUCCUAACUUCCGACAAUUGCGAGUUGAUGCUUCUUGCUCCUCACCACACUUCUCUCCUUUAUAUCUUUCUCAUCAAGAAAAAGGCGUAAAUCCUGAAACUGCCGGGUUCCUUUGAAAUCAAACUGCCUUUG